AUGUUCCCCCCAUAUCCUUCAUUGCCACUCCCGGAUCUUUCACAGCCAACCCCGUUAAAUAUGUUGUCAAGCAUCGGAUAUGUAGAAUCCCUGUCAUCGUUGCACUCCCUGGAGGAGAAUGCACCCUUAAAGUGCAAGGCUCUGGAUGACUUCAUGGACAACUCUCAACGGCCCACUCGCAAGAGGCGUGCAUGUGCUUCCUAUCAUCUGCAGGCCCCGGUGGCAUUUGUCACGCGUGAUAUAUCCAAACCUGCGAAAGCACGGAGAGGCACCCUGUCGCGCUCCUAUGCAAUUGCAGACCUAAAUGCGAUUCCGCUGGGCGCGUGGGCUCCAGGAUGUCAAUCCGGCGCCGCAGUAAGCCAAGCGCGCGCGCAUAAAGACCUGUGCAAUGGAGAGCACUACAACGUAGCUGAGCCCGAACUCAGAAAAAGUAAUGCCACUUAUCCCCACCAAAGAGCUGAGGCACAGACAUCAGAGGUUGGUCGUGAGUCUGCAGAAGAGGACUUCAAGAAAAUGUCAAAAUGCAAGGCCCUCGAAGAAGUUCCGAGCGGUUCUUCUCCACCGACCCCCAAGAGGCGCUUUUUGUCUCGCUUGUCUGUAAUCGCCAACAUAGUCGUACCGACACCCAGGACAGCGGAUUCAGCAGUCCAGUCUCCGUAUUGGCCCUUCCCAAACGAGCUUGUCUUGGAUAUUUUGGAAAAAUUGCCAGCUCAGGAUUUGCGGUCUAUCGCACAGGUGUCUUGUCUCUCUCAGGAGCUAGCGGCACCUCUCUACUUUCGUUCUGUAGGCUUGCAGUUUGAUGACAAGUCACUGCUCAUCAGCACCCAAGCUUGUCUCACCCUGCUCCUGUACAGGUGCACAACCUUUUUUCAUAUGCCGAAGUAUUUGCGAUGCAAUCUCCUUGACGCGGAUGAUCGUCACCUCAAGGCGCUCCUGGGUUUCUUGGAGUCGUUUGAAGGCACGCAAGUGUUCUUUGUCUCCAUCGUGAAAGAUGGUGAAAUGCUAGGAGAUUUUGCGCCUCUGUUUCAGUCUAUCCAAGACUCGAGCUGCAGGAGUCUUAGGUUCUCGGAUCGGGAGGCAUCUUACCAUGCAUAUCCUCCGCCGAUUCUUCCUGACUUCAUUGCUGUUCCAACCCCCUCCAACAGAUGUAAUUUUCAAACAUUCCACACAAACUCCCCGAUAUUUUUCUCCCGGUCUAUGGUUUCCCUCACUCUGGCAUCCUUGCAAAACUCUUCAUUGACCGACCUCAGUCUUACACGUACUUCAUUGAGUGCCAUCCAGUGGACAGUGGUGAUGCACAACCUUCAGCUCCCACAGCUUAUCUUUUUGUCUAUUGACACCGAGUGUCCAACCGCUGCUCUCAUCGAGUUCUUGCCACGACAUGACAUUCACCAGCUUUGGCUUUAUGGUCGAUGCAUUGAUCCUCCUCAUGAUAUUAUGCAGAAAACAGAUACCCCUCGUAUUCCCUUACAUAGUUUACGCGUUCUUGCUGGGCCGCUGUGGUACCUUGUGUCUCUAUUACACAAGGUUCGUGCGCCUCUACGCAUUCAAACACUCGAAUUGCACCUCGACGAGGAAUCUCUGGCAUCCACUCCCAGUUACUUGUCUGCAAUCCUGGAUAUAACUCAACAAUUUGUCGCCAUAGAUUGCCUGGGACUGGGCUUUUAUCACGGAUCUCUGAUUUCUGGAAGUUUUGACGUCCCAUUAGACGAAUAUCGAACUAUUUCUGUGAAGAAGCUCACGAUCUAUCUACCACACUGGUACAAGUAUUCAGAUAAACACCCCUUGGCGAGUGCCAUAUACAAAACUACAUUGAGUGUUAAACUCAUGUUUUGUGCAUAUAGCUCCGCUGCAGUCCUUGGCUACGAGUCUUUGACGACGUCGAAGAAGUUUGUCUCAGGCCUGGAACCAUAA